GUUGGGCAAGUGAACGAACAGGAGCAACAGUACUUCGAGGAGUUCUUCGAAGAAAUUUUCGUAGAAUUGGAGGAGAAAUUUGGACCGAUUGAUGAGAUGAAUGUUUGUGAUAAUAUUGGCGAACACAUGAUUGGUAACGUCUACGUGAAAUUUGAGAACGAAGAAGACGCUGACAAAUGUGUGAAAGGCCUCGAUAAUCGAUGGUUGCGUUUUUUUUUAUAG